GGCCUCCGCCGCGCCUCCCCCUGCCGGACGCCCUUCCGUCGAGUCCCGCGCAGACGCGUCUCCCCGAGGAGAUCUUCGUCGGCUCCUCUCCGGGCUGGAGCGGCUCCUUCCCGGGCGCCCCGGGCCCGCCUCCGGGCUGGGGGCGCUCGCGGGGCAUCGUGCCGUGGGCGACGCCGUCCGCUCCGGACGCUCAGCGCGCGAGCUGGCCCCACGCCGUCCCCCCGGCCCCGGACAAGGCCCCCGCGCCUUGCGGGGCUCCGGGCGCGGCCGCUGAGGGCGGGCGCGGGAGGCCCGCCGCGUGGGUCCAGCCCCGGCCCCGGGGGCACCCGCUGGGAGGACCCAGCCGCCGGGAUGCACACGCCCAUGGAGGGAUCCCUCUUCCAGAUCAUCGCCUGCUACCAUCAGUACGCCGCCCGAGAGGGGGAUGUGGAGACCCUGUCCUUGGAGGAGCUGAAGGCUCUGCUUAUGGACAAUGUACCCCACUUCAUGGAGAGCCUGCACUUUCCGCAGGCGACGCAGGCUCAGUGUCCUAUACAGUUCCUGGGCAGAUGCCACAGUGUGCAGACAUCUGAUCCCCCUCCUUGGUUUCCCUGCAAUAGUCCUAGAGAUGCCAGACAUGAGGGGCAGGGCCGGAAGGAGCCCUACUACCUCUCGGAGUUGUUCCGGGCUGCAGACAAGAACAAGGACAAGCAGAUCAGCUUCGAUGAGUUCCUGUUCGUCCUGGGCCGGCUGCUGACGGACUACCACCUGCUGUACCACCGGCGGCUGUGCGCCUGCUACUGCGCCCAGCACAGCCUGCACUAGAUAGAGAUGCUUGGACCUGCCCAGCCUGCACUAGAUAGAGAGGCACCAGCCCAGACGGCACUAGAUAAGAGACGUGCCAGCCCAGUCUGCACUAGAUAGAGACGCACUAGGUAGAGACGCACCCAUCUGCCUAGCCUGCACUGAUAGAGAUGCGCCCGCCCGCCCAGCCCACAGGUGCUGCCCAGGAGUUGGAGCCAGAGCCACUGCAGAGCUUUGCCCCACUUGUUGGCAUGUGCCAGAACGGGCACUCCCCUGUGCACACGUGUGUGCAAUGCACAGCUGUGAGGGAAGAGAAUAAAGCCAUCCCACAAA